ACAAGUAAAUUAUCGGAGGAGAACACUAAUUGUACUUUGGGAUGUAACAUAAAUGUUUUAGGUAUUCAAAGAGGAUUUAAUAUUUUCAAAAAGAGAUAUAUACAAAGGCUUGUUUGUAAAAGUGUCGUAUAGUUAUUCGACAUGGAAGUUGAGUCAACACCUCUCAUAAAUCAAUCAGAUUCGAAAUGUUUCGUUAUAUUUCUGACUUGUAUGGCGGCACUGGGUGGACUCCUCUUUGGAUAUGAUACUGGAAUAGUCUCCGGAUCCAUGUUGUUGAUCAAGGAUGACUUCCAGUUGUCGUCUGUAUGGCAGGAAGCAAUCGUCAGCGCCACCAUUGGAGCCGCCGCCAUUUUUGCUCUUAUUUCAGGAACUCUGGUAGACAAGCUAGGCAGAAAAGUGGUGAUUAUGCUCGCCAGCUUCGUGUUCACUGUUGGCGCGGUGGUUAUGGCAGUUUCACCCACUGAUACGAAAGAGGUUUUGCUCGUUGGAAGACUUAUAGUUGGAGCAGGAAUAGGGUUUGCUUCUAUGUCUGUACCUGUUUACAUUGCUGAAGCCGCACCAACGAAUAUCCGGGGAUCUCUGGUUACAAUGAACCAGCUUUUCAUCACUAUAGGGAUUCUUCUGUCCAGUAUUGUGGCUGGAGCUUUCAGUACUGAUAAAGAAAACGGAUGGAGGUACAUGUUGGGACUAGCCGCUGUGCCCAGUGUGAUUCAGUUUUUUGGAUUCUUCUUCCUUCCCGAAAGUCCUCGAUGGUUGAUUGCCAAAAGACGCGAAAAAGAAGCAAGAUCCGCCCUAGAAAGAAUACGUGGAUCAGGGGACGUGACCCUUGAACUUAAUCAUAUUCAACAAUCUGUGAGAGAAAUGGAAGAGGAAAACAAAUAUAACUUCUUUCAAGCCUUCCUGUUGAUCUGGAAGACCCAACCGGUCAGACGCGCCUUGUUGGUGGGAUGUCUACUACAACUGUUUGGACAACUCAGUGGAAUCAACACUGUCAUUUACUACAGUGGGACUAUUUUGCGAAUGUCUGGAUUUCCUUCAGAUCUAGCUAUCUGGUUGGUUUGUAUUCCGUUUGCGGUUAACUUCCUGUUCACUUUUAUUGGCAUCUACGCAGUGGAGAGGGCGGGUCGACGAAUUCUCACUCUUGCCAGCUUUAUUGGAAUCAUCGUGGCAUUGAUUGUUCUGGGACUUGGAUUUUGGUUUUCAGAUAAACAUUCUCCAACUAUUGCUCACCAUCUUGACAAUUCGUCCAUCUGUCACACCAAGUAUCUAUCAUGUAGUACUUGCAUAAAGGAUGACAACUGCGGCUUCUGUUGGGAGAAGGAUCACCCAGACACGUCUGGAUUCUGCCUCCACGUGAACAAGGAUAAUCCGGAGCGGUAUGCCGAUCCCGGAGUGAAUUCCUCUACUCAUUACAAUGAGUCUCUGUGUAACCAGACUAACUACCACACCAAACACUAUGGCUGGGCCAAUGACUUCUGUCCAACGGAUUACUCAUGGAUGGCCGUUCUGGGACUUGCACUUUUUGUCAUGUCGUUCGCGCCAGGACUUGGUCCAAAUCCCUGGACAAUAAAUUCAGAGAUUUACCCGUUAUGGGCGAGAGGAACAGGAAUUUCCAUAGCAACAGCAGUCAACUGGGUGGCGAAUCUGGGAGUCUCGUUUUCAUUUUUGACACUUCUUGAAGCCAUCACUCCUUAUGGUACAUUUUUCCUGUAUUCAGGAAUUUCGUUUGUUGGAAUGAUUACACUUUUUUGCCUGCUGCCGGAGACUAAAAAUAAAUCCCUGGAGGAGAUAGAAAUAUUAUUCAUGACUGAAGAGUACCGAGUCAGAAGGAAUUCACAGAGACAAUGCACUGUACAGAGGAGGGAUGUUGAACAAAUGGAGUAAAAACAAACUGUAACGUUCAUGUGAACACCUGAUAGAAAGUUUAUAGUCAUGUGCUUUCAUUAAUCAUAACACUUAUUAUUAUCAUCCUUUGUAUGUUCACCUUUAAUGAUGUAUGCAAACCAUGGUUAUUUUUUUUAAAUG